UAAUCAAAUAAUAUUGCAGUUAAAUUUCUACUCUUGGUUUAUUAAAAUGAAGACCUCGCCAGAAAUUUACGCCACACAAAAUUACCCACAUCGCAUUUAUGCGCUCAAAACGUUCGAUUUAAUUAAUGGCCAAAAUGAGUUGCGGCGAAGGGGGUAUCACUAAACAGUUGGCCAGUCGUGUGCCGCACAAACGUGUAGUGGCCGUCGACGUGGACGCGGCAUAUUUAGAGUACGCCCAGCGGCACAACAACGCGCCCACCAUUCAGUACGUGAGGCAAGACAUGUCGAUCGCGUGGCCGAACCUGAGCCCAGAGAUGCGGGCCCUGGAGGGCAGUGCGGGCAUGAUAUUCGCCAACUUCUCCUUCCAACACAUUCGGGCCAAACAACAGUUGAUGUCUAUAUGUCGGCGAUUGUUGGCCUCCGGCGAUGUGAACCGUAUAUUGGGUCUCAAUGAGGGGCGCAGGCAGUGGUGUCCGUCAACCGACCAACAGUUGGCUGAGUGGCGACAACUGUUAGACAAUUCCGAUUUCAUACCAUCCGUUGCCAACACUUAUAAAACAUUGUUCGAAACCGACGAUCAGUACGAAAGCGAAAACAACGGAUUACUCGACAUUCUGUUUGACGUGACAUUCAAUGCUAUGGCCGACGCGCCCGACCCUAAGGCCUGGACUCACUUUUUGGCCGAUGAGAGCGUCACCACCGGAAUUGCCAGCAUACACAUUCUGCGCCUA